AGAAUCAAACUUAAACGCUUUCCAACACUGCAGCGGGUCGCAUAUGUAACCGCUGUGAAUUAUUUCUUAUUUUCCAAAGAAACUGCCUCAAAACUGAAUUAAAACCAUGGCAGCGAGUGGAAAAGCGUUGCUGGGCUCGAGCCUCUGCCAAAAACUCACCCAGUUCACGAGGAACCUGUACUCGCAACCGGCACUCCUAUCCAGUUUCCGUUCCUCUCGCCAGGUCCAGGAGCUGGAAAAGUAUCCCGAGGUGGAGGUGGUGGCCAAUCCGCCCGAGUGGCGUUUCGUAGAGCGCCUGCUGCCACCAGAGACGGUGCCACAGCCGGUGGCGCAGAAGGAUUAUCCCUCCGGGUGGCGGCCACAAACGGAGGAUGGCUCCAAGGCGGGCUACUACGUGGCCAGGACCAAGAACCACAUGGUACCGGUCUAUCUGCAAACUCGCUUCCGCGGCCAGCGUCGAAUCACAGUGGUGCGACGCGUCCAAGGCGAUAUCUGGGCGCUGGAGAAGGAUCUGCGAUCGGCGGUGGAGAAGUCACGGAACGGAAAGCUGUGUGCCACGCGAGUCAACGAACUGAGUGGCCAGAUCCACAUUCACGGCGACCAUGUGGAUGUCCUCAGGGACUACCUCAAGGAGAGGGGUUUCUAAAAUUAGCUUUUUUUUUUAUCCAUUUUGUUCUUAAAUAAACCACUUCAUACUGUUGA